GGGCACUGUGCGCUGUCCAAACAGAACGCAGGAAGCAGAGACCUCCGCCGUAGCCAAUUGGCUGCCUCGGCCGCUGUGACGUCAUCGGAAGAGGGGGUGUGGUUUGUUGCCGGAAGUGAAGGAACCGGCGGGGAGAUGGCGCCGAGCUCGAAAUCAGAACGGGGCGGGAACCGGAAGUGGGGCCCCAGAGACCAUGUAAUCCGCCAGCUAGACCGAGUAAAGGUAUCGGAUACCUCCCGGGGCCGCGGGAGACAUUAUAUCCUGCUGAAUGGGCGGAAAGCAGCUCUCCAGGGCCCGGAGCAGGGCUGGGGCAGCCAGCUAACCUGAACCCGAGUCAUACAGCUGGGGGGGAGACUGGGGAGGGUUAAUGGGGCCCUCAGACAGGGGAGGGUUAAUGGGGCCCUCAGACAGGGGAGGGUUAAUGGGGCCCUCAGACAGGGGAGGGUUAAUGGGGGCCCUCAGGCAGGGGAGGGUUAAUGGGGGCCCUCAGACAGGGGAGGGUUAAUGGGGGCCCUCAGACAGGGGAGGGUUAAUGGGGCCCUCAGACAGGGGAGGGUUAAUGGGGCCCUCAGACAGGGGAGGGUUAAUGGGGCCCUCAGCAGGGGAGGGUUAAUGGGGCCCCUGGGGCCCUCAGGCAGGGGAGGGUUAAUGUGGCCCCUGGGAUCCUCAGGCAGGGGAGGGUUAAUGUGGCCCCUGGGAUCCUCAGGCAGGGGAGGGUUAAUGUGGCCCCUGGGAUCCUCAGGCAGGGGAGGGUUAAUGUGUCCCUUGAAACUAUGUUUAUAAAAAAAAAAAAAAAAGGGUUAAUCCUAGAAUGACCUGGCACCCAGACCACUUCAUUAAGCUGAAGUGGUCUGGGUGCCUAGAGUGGUCCUUUAAAGGGCUGGGGCUUUCCAUUUCACCCAUCCCAGCAGUGUCCAUGGCAGAUCAUCAUGGGAAAUGUAGUCCACAAUAGAUGGAGCAUCAGAGGUUAGCAAUCAGUGGAUUACAAAAAUGUGAUGCUGAAAGGGAACACGAUGGUCACCAAAACAGCUUUAGCUUAAAGCAGCAUUAUCACCCCAUAUUAAAAAUGAGUAUUUCAUACUGAUUUUGAAAUACUUAUUAUGACUGUGACACUGAAAUACCAACCCUUUCAAUAUGUCUGUAUUUCUCCUGCAUCUGACAUUUCCUCUCACACUUACUUUCCCCUGCGGCAAACGAAACAGUGGCGAUGUCACAGUCAGGAGCCUUUGCUAAUUCGGUUUUAAGGCUGCACUAUCAUCCCCCUGAAAAAUCUGUAUUUUAUUCACUUAAUUACCAACCCUGUCAAUAGAUAUACAGCGAUAACCUAAGGACUACUUUGUCUCUGUGUAUUUCCUAUCCCUGACACUUCUAGACACUAGGCGGAGUUACCGCCGUCUAGACGUGUAAGUCUGAUGGCUGGGGGGAAUUUGCUUUACCCAUGUAGGGUCACACGGGAUCCUCCUUAGACCUCAAUGCUUUACUCUCGUGCAUACGCGGGAGUUCAGCAUUGACAUGCGCUCCUGGCACUGAAGCACACCUGUCAGGAGGAAAUGGUGGCGCUCACGAGAGACCGGUAAGGAGAACUUGCCUUUUCCUAAACAUUAGAUCUGCCUCUAUAGGAAAUAUUUAGGAAGGCUGUAUGUCACAUGCAGAGAGGUGUUACUAGGGCUGUAUAAACAAAGUGAUGUAACUCCUAAAUGGCAAAGAAUUGAACAGUGAGACUGCAGGGCGUGAUCUGUACACCAAAACUGCUUCAUUAAGCUAAAGUUGUUUUGGUGCUUUUGAUAACUCUUUAAAUGGGAACUGUAAACACCAUAUCCAGCCUUUUGACUUCAAGUGAUUAUUGUGUUAAUAUGUUACAGAUGCUGUCCUCUAGUUCUGGAUCAAAUCGUUUUCAUGUUUGACAAAAAACUAAAGAUCCUCCAGGAACACUUGGCCUACGCUGUCCCCUGCCAUAUUUCUAAUGCAGAAUGUAAACAAUAUAUUGCCUAAUGAAGGGACAAAUGUGCUUAUCUCACUUUCUUAUAGCCCAUGCUAUUUUAGGGCAUUACGCGUCUUCAUCUCCCCUUAUAUUUCAGGCCUCUGAAUUAUAUGCUGCGGUCACCACAACAUUAAUAUAAUUCUAAUAACAUCCAGGAACUGUAUCCAUUAAUUAUUCACCUCCUUGGCUGACAUUGUCAGAAUUGGUCAUCUCCGUCAAUCCAAUGCUUUCCCAUAGAAAAAUCAUUGGAUUGGCUGAGAUUGUCAAGGAGGCAGGGCCAAACACCGGCUUGAUCUAAUCAGCAUCUCCUCAUAGCGAUGCAUUGAAUCAAUGCAUCUCUAUGGGGAAAGUUCAGCGGAGACGAUGAAUGUCAGUCACACGGUGCAGCAGUGGCCACCAUAGGUAUCCCUAGGGAGCAAUGUAAACACUGCCUUUUCUCUGGAUGGCUGCAGGGACAUACUAUACUCACCAGUAUAACUACAUUAAGCUAUGGUUGUUCUGGUGACUAUAGUGUGCAUUUGAUUUAUAUUUGAACUGCAGCAAUAAGGUGAGUGUGACAGCCUUAAAAAAGACACUUCAAGCACCCUACCAAAUGCAGUCCAAUAUUAUGGUUGGAGUCUAUGGGUGUUGUCUUAUGGUUUUGUUUUUUUUGGCAAACCUUUUGAGAGCAAUGUUAAAACAAAGGCCUUUGCAGGCACCAAGGCUUCUUUCCUAGUUGCAUUUAUGGUGGGCCAAAAAUCAGAGUAUGAUUUGACAGGUAAAUAACUCAUUUUCUUAGCUAUUUUUUUUGUUGCAGGUACAUAUUAGCCUUGUGAGAUUCCUUAUGGGUAAUUUCAUGAAGGAGUGACAAGUAAAAAUGAAGCGAGAUAUCAGGAUAUUAUUGAAAAGUUUUAUGUCCUGUAGUGGAAAAUCGUGGUUUUAACUGGACGGCUAUUGCCCUUACAGACAGAGCCACAAUGGACAUCCUCGGACAACUAUUUCUCAAGAAAUUCCCAGAUUAAGUGGCCACCACGUUCGCCUGGCCUUUUAGCUUCUGAUUAAUUUCCAUGGGGAUACGGGAAGGAACAUUUAUCUGCAAACAAACCGCAAACACUUGGGUGGUUCAAGGGAAUAUCCAUAACUAAUGUUAUGAGCAAUGCAAUGGAAAUAGACUGCAAGGUGGUGAAUGGAGCAAAUUUAAAAUGUCACCUUCUGUACCUAGCAAGACAAAUCUCCACGUUACGCUUUUAUUGCAUGUAAUAUCAUUAAAAUUGGUUAGAUAAUAAAAGUUAUUGACUCCUCAAACCAUCUGAAAUUUGGCUCAUCCUGCACUUCCACAUUGUAAAUUUACCUUGUUUCCAACCUGGACAGCUGUGGACUGAGGAAAUAAUUGAUGUUGGGGAUGUGGAGAAAUACAUAUUAGCAAUGUGGCUGCAGAGAGUGUUGAUACCGGGGCAAUUUCUGGUUCUAUCAAAACACCUAAAUUUUUUGACAAAAAUAAUUAAAUACAAAAACUAGUGAGAACACUGCUCAUAGCCUUUUCAUCAUAACCGCUAUUCUGCAGUGAUUAUGGUGCAUAGCCUGCCACUACCGUUAGACCAUUUCAAACACACUCCAAGUUAGAAGUAGAUUCCUGUUUUUAAUUUGUUACAAACUAUGUUCUUUGCUUUCCUUCCCCAAUGUAAUAAAAUACAUUGAUUUAAUUACCUUGUUACUAUGACUGGCAGUCCUCUGCUGCUCCGACCCUGACUGAAACUAUCAUUAUGAUCUCAUUCAAUGCACCUCACGUGGGGCUUCAUGUAGAGCUUUUAGAUGCUGAAUGUUGAUCCUGCAAAGAUUGCAAGAAGCCCCUCUAGUGAAUGACAGCCACAAGAGGUGACUUUAGUAAGCAUUGCCUUAUCUUAUAAAAGGCAGUGUUUACACUACUGAGACUGCAGGGAAGGACAGUCUCUUUACACCACAACCACUACGUUAAGCCGGAAUAAUUAUUCUGCUGCUUAGAGCGUUAUUUUAAAUGUGGACCUGUAUUUUUACCUGACGAACUCUUUGCCUGCUGGCUGUGCUCCUCUGUUUUAAAUUUUACACCCCCCCACAAUUCCCACAAAUGGAGGAGGCAGCGAGGUAGACCAUUGUAUGCCCCCAUGCUAUAGCUGCCCAGUCACAAUUCUAUUUUCCUUGAACCCCUAGUAUAGUGUAUCCCUAGUAUAUUGAUAUGACAGUCAUAUUGUCCACAUUUGCUUUUUAAAAUUAAUUUGUUUUUUCUUUGUGAAGUCUAUCAGCGACCACUGUAGAAAGUACAAAGUUAAUCCGUGCACUGCUGAUGGUUAUUUAUUUUUUCUGUGCAGCCAGCACACAGUCAAAAAGCAAGUGGAUUUAUUUACCAAAUUUGCCUGUCUCCAGAAAAGAUCCAUCUGAAAUGCGGUAUUCAGUUUUUGGUAAAUACGUUGAUCCAAUGUUGUAUAAAACAUUCCCAUGCUAUCGGUACUUAGUUUGCUCACUUGCAGACUUUGCCUUCUCUAAACAUGUUUUGAAGUAAUUUGCUAAAUCUUUAAAUGGUUUCUCCAACUGCUUUUAGACGUGUUCACGGUGGUAUGAGUCUGUGCGGCAUUUCUGCCUAAUACGAGGGGUGUAACUAGCCCAUAGCACAGGCCACUUAGGCUCUGCUCUGGGCUGAAUAAUAUCCGUUCUGUCAAAAAUGACAUCUGUUUUCUGCACGCUGGUAUCCUACAUUAUGAGCUUCUCCCUUGCAGUGCUGCCUGCAAGGUGAAGCCGUGAUCUUCCCUCCCUGCAAUGAUAUUUUAAUUUCUACAAAUACCCUCCCCUACAUGGCUCUGAGUGUGCGCAUGCACUCUGAGCUGGUACAACAGCACAAUCAAAUUUUUCUCUUUAAUCUUGACGUGGGCUUUGUCAGCGCUGGAUUCCGGGUAAGUUUAUACUUAAUUUGGAGAUUUAUAAAAGGGGGACCUAGUUAAAGGAAUACUAUAAGCAACAAAAUAACUUAGUAAAGCUGUUUUGGUGUAUAGAUCAUGCCCUGGAGUUAAAUCACUUUGUUUAUACAGCCCUCCCUGCAUGUUAGUUACACAGCCUUUCUAAAAUCUUCCUGCAAGGAUAAAGCUAACGUUUAAACUUUCAUUAUUGCACAGUCUGUUCAAUGUAAAAUGUAUUUUAUUUCCUUCUCUGCUCAUAGCCUUCUAGAUCCUGUAGGAGCCUCCUGUAUAUGAUUUAAAGUCCUGUUUACGGACCAGGAUAUAUAAACUUAUAAAGCAAGUUAACAUCUGAUUAAAAAUUAAACCAUUUUGUUUUCAUGCAGGCUGUGUCAGUCACAGCUGGGGGAGGUGUGACUAGGGCUGUAUGAACAGAAACAAAAGUUAUUUAACUCCUAAACAAAGAGUUGUCAUUAAUGGUAAAUUUUCAAGCAGGACAGAGGUGGCAAGUGGUGUCCCUCAGGGGUCUGUUCUGGGACCCCUUCUAUUUAACGUUUAUAAAUGAUCUUGAAGACAGCAUUGAAAGUCAUGUUUCAGUGUUUGUAUUAUUUUACAAAGUUUUGUGUCAUCUGCAAUGUGAGCAAGAUAUUACUUUGCUGCAGAGGGAUUUAGAUAGACUGGGGGACUGGGCACUCAAAUGGCAGAUUAAAUUUAAUGUUGAAAAAUGCAAAGUUAUGCACUUCGGCGUAAAGAAUACACAAGCAACAUAUAUUCUUAAUGGUAGCGAAUUAGGGAUAACAACACAUGAAAAGGACUAGGGAAUUGUUAUAGACAAUAAACUAUGCAACAAUGUGCAAUGUCAAUCAGCAGUGGCCAAGGCCAGUAAGGUAUUGUCAUGCAUGAAAAAGGGCAUUCAUUCUCGGGACGAGAAUAUCAUUUUGACUCUUUAUAAAUCACUGGUAAGACCCCAUAUUGAAUAUGCUGUGCAAUUUUGGUCACCUGUUCUAAAGAAGGAUAUUAUGGCACAAAAUUAAUAAAAGGAAUGGAACAUAUCGGCUAUGAAGAAAGGUUAACAAAUUUAAACCUAUUUAGUUUAGAAAAACGUUGCCUGAGAGGGGAUAUGAUAACAUUAUACAAAUAUAUUCGGGGCCAAUACAAACCAUUGUGUGGAAAUCUAUUCACAAACCGGACCUUACAUAGGACACGAGGCCAUGCGUUUAGACUGGAAGAAAGAAGAUUUCGUCUAAGGCAAAGGAAAGGUUUUUUUACUGUAAGAACAAUCAGGAUGUGGAAUUCUGUGCCUGAAGAAGUGGUUUUAUCAGAGUCCAUACAGAUGUUCAAACGGCUACUAGAUGCAUACUUGCAGGAACAGAAUAUUCAAGGAUAUAAUCUUUCAAUGUAGGGUAAUAACUGCUUGAUCCAAGGAUAAAUCUGACUGCCAUUCUGGGGUCAAGAAGGAAUUUUUUUCCUAGCUUGUUGCAAAAUUGUGCUUCAAACUGGGUUUUUUUGCCUUCUUUUGGAUCAACAGCAAAAAAACAAAUGUGAGGAAGGCUGAACUUGAUGGACGCAAGUCUCUUUUCAGCUAUGUAACUAAAAAUGGCAGUGAAUAUAAAUAUAUUAAUAUCAAUUUAAAAGAAAGCAUCAUAUUAAAACAAAAAAAUAGUUUUAUAAGUGGCUUUCAGUGUGUUAUUCAGUGGUGUGAAUUCCAAAGAAAUGACGGCUCCUCUUUCAAGCAGGUCUGUUUUGGUUUGUUUCUCUCUUUUUACACAGGAUAGUUUUCCUUAAUCUAGUUAUGUUGACUGUUUUUUGUAAAAUCUUCCAUCUAAAUGAAACUGAAUACUAUAGUGUCCGGAACACAAACAUGUAUUCCUGAUACUAUAAAGGUUAAAUCACUAUUUAGGUCCCAUAGCAAAGCAUUGGGAGGCUAUUGCGCGUGAGCGGCAAAACGUCUCUCUGCGCCAUUCAGCAUCUCAUAGAGAUGCUUUGAAUCAGUGCAUGUCUAUGGGGAACGUUCAGCGCCUGCAUGCAGAGCGUGGAGACGCUAAACAUCAUGAAGCACCUCUAGUGGCUGUCUGAAUGACUGCCACUGGAGGUAUCCCUAGGCAGUAAUGUAACACUGCCCUUUUCUAUUAAAAGGCAGUGCUUACAGCAGAAACUGCAGUUGUUCUGGUGGCUAUAGUGUCCUUUCAAUAUGUAAACAUUGCCCUUAAGUUUGUGAUCGUAAUAUCAGAAAGUUAUUGCCUUCAUCGUGUGUAACAUGUCAUCCUUUUCUCCAGAUCACAGGUCAACUUUCAUCCCGGCUGUUUAGAAAACUACCACCUCGGCUGUGUGUGUCUCUGCGCAACAUUGUGGAUGAGGAGUUCCUGCAAAAGGGGUACUUACACAUAUUACUAUUUCAUUUGAAAGUGUUCAGAUGUUGAGGGGUGUCUUUAUUGGCUCAAUCUGUUUGCUUUGGAUCACAGCAGUAAUAUGUGAUGUCUGACUGUUAAUGGGACACUUUUUAUUCGCAAAUAAAAAAGAAAAAUCACUAUUUAAAAGACAUACCCCUAAUGAUAGCAUACAUGUAGGUUGGGGGGGGGGGCAAAACACAGCACAUGCACAUUACUCACCCGUAACCAGCAAAUGUCUCACACAUUACAAACAACCAAAUAACCAUGUGAAUGUCCAGCGUCUACGCAGGGACCUUAAAUCAUUUUGAGUGUCUGGACAAGUAAAUUGGGCUACUGGUUUAAUCCCUUGGAUAACUAGAUAGACUCCUGAAUCAGGAACUUCUCAUUCUGGUAAAUGGGGUCUGGUCCUUUCCAUCAGAAACUGAGAUUUAUGGGAUAUUUAGUACAUCCCCCAGAUGUAACUGCUGGAUAAGCUGGUAGCAGUUAUAAUGAAUCUUUUGCCAGCAUAUUGACAACACCAUUAAAACCCGAGCAUUCCCAGUUUGGGCCCCCUCAGAGAGAUAUCUUUACCCAUUUGGAAGGAGAAUUAAGUGUCAUGGGUUCACACACAUUCUCUCCCACAUUUACACGCACACUGUCACUCCAUGCUGCAGACAAAAUGGGAAUCUAAAAACAAAAUGCAUUUUGGUGGUGACCUCCACCUAACACUACCAUAGUUCUCUUUCAGGCUACUACUGGGGUUUGUCUAGGAAGCCACGAGGGAUUCUGCACUUAAUAGCUGCUCCCAGAAAUAAGGCCAACAAAAAUAAUGCAAUUUAGCAGAGGCUUUAACAUUCCUAUGGAAUUCCUCCUCAGUUCUACGUUCAGUCUUGUGUCUAUUUACCAAUAGAUUAACUCCAACACUAAGGAAAACUGUCCACUGUUAGCCUUAUCUGGUAAAUAGUGAUGUUCUUAUUUAUCUAAUAUAUCUCAAUUGUUCUGUACCUUCUAUUUACUAGCAUUGCAGUAAUUCUUGCUUUUAAGAUGGAAUAUCUGGUUCUCUGCAAAGGGAACCUGUGAAAUGUCAAACUCUGUAGGUUUUGGGGUUCGUAUGAUUAGGAGCCACUUACUGAAUAUCUUUCUCUGGUCCUUAUUUCGGACCUUUCCCACGAUUCCUACUCUUUCCUGCCACCCUUUCUUGUACGUCCUUGUUUAUUUCCCUUUCUUUCUGCUGCCUCACCCCUCCUCCUCUCUCGGCUCACCCCUUUCCCUUUUGUUAAUGUUUUUUUCUCGUUUUCAGUCACAUCUUCCUGGGUUUCACCAAGUGUGGCCGUUUCGUGUUGUCAUACACCAGCGAUGUCCUUGAUGAUGAUUUUUCUUUCUACUCGUAUCACCUGUACUGGUGGCAGUUUCAAGUGCACAGCAAACUGCGUCUGGUGCGUCUCCCCUCCUACUAAUAUUAUCAUUGCCAGUUUCCCCUGUAUAACACCUCUUUCCAGCGCUGUUAUUCUCCCAAUAAACUCCAAAUCCUUUGCUAUUUACAACCCACUUUCAUAACUUCUUUUUGUGUUCCCUUUUAUACCCCUAUCUUGUUUGUUUUUUUGCUUUUUACUUGAAUACCCCUGACUUCAUGUCUUCUCCUCAGGUGCGACAGGUCCGCCUGUUCCAGGAUGAAGAAAUCUACAGUGACCUUUUCCUGACAGUCUGUGAGUGGCCAAGUGACAGCUCCAAAGUUAUUGUGUUUGGCUUCAAGUGAGUCUAUCUUACCGCAUUGUAGUUUAUUCCACCCUGCCGUUGCUUUCUCCACUUUCUUCCUGCUUGUGGUUUUACCCCGUAUCCGUUUUUUCCCCUUCUUGCCUCCCUGACAUAGUUGUACAUUUCCCUACGUUUGUAUGAUCUGUCUAACCCAUCUCAGAUCUUCUGUCUUGUUCACACUGUGAUUCUCUCCACCUUGCCCCUGGUGGAGUUAUUUUGCUGACCCAUCCUCCCCUUAGUAUUUGACUGUGUGAGUCAUAUUGCUCCGUACUCUUUGUAUAAUUCAUCUUUCCCUCUGAAUACCUAUAAUGUACUUUUCCGACUUUCUUUUAUUCCAGGAUCUCCAACUAUGUUGUCCUUACUGGCUUUCUUCUCUUUUAUUGAUUAUCUCUUCUCCAUUUGACCUUGUUGUCCUUACUGACACAUUACAUCUUGGAAUAUCUGACUCUAUUCACAUUGAUUCUCUUCUCCUAGUACUUCUGGAAAUGGGAUGUUAAUGAAUAUGAUGAGUGAUGAAAACCAUCGAGAUAUAUAUAUCAGCAUUGUGUCUGCCCCUCCAACAUCACCUUGUACAGACUGCCGGGAGUCCACAUCCGGUACGUACGUACGUACACACCUAUGUCACCUGCAGAACCUUCACAUUUUCUCCCUCUUGCAUUAGACUUGAGUCAGGCACUUCACCUCCAACAGCUAUUCCCCCUCCUCGAAUAUCGUCAUUCCGUCUGCAUUGCUAAUGUAAUUCACACUAGGUUUUACCUGUGAGGAAAUUAUUCUAUUUGCUGUAAUAAAAACAUAACAUCGAGAAGUGUCUUGUUUUGGGGUUUAGUGUCUGUCUUUUCCUCUAGGUCCGUGUCUUCUACACAGCUUCAUGCUGCACACCAAGUACCAGGUAGUCUAUCCUUUCCCCACCUUCCAGCCAGCCUUCCAGUUGAAAAAAGAUCAUGUAGUUUUGCUCAACACAAGCUAUUCUUUGGUUGCCUGUGCUGUGUCCGUGCAACAAGCAGGUAAAAUAUAGCCUCAUUUUCCUGCUGUAAACAUGCUGUCUUCUUUCCAUGCAGGGUUACUCUUUUUCCAUGGAGGUGUCAUUAACAAGCUUUCUCAAAUCUUUAUUUUAGGGAAUACUGAACCCAACCAAAUUUUGUACAGCAAACAAAGCCAACAUCGAAUUACGUGCAGCUGUUCAUCCUCCUCUUCUAGUCCAUCGUCCUCUUCUGCUAGCAGUCGCUCCCCACUUAUGCCUGACCAGUUUUGCUCUAGUCCCCCCAUCACUCCACCAGCCGUCACUCGCGCCAGAGAGUUUGUGGCUGGCAUCUUUCGUCGUGCCCGAGAAGCCUCCGGAUUGGAAUCCCAAGAAAGGGGAGAGAAGGCUGGGCCAAGCACAGAAAGUCCACCACGAACCUCUGACCCAGAGUCCCCCAUAUGGCAUCGUCCUUCCAGUGAGGGGCAUGGUCGGCCAAACACUGGCCAUACUGAGGAACCUAGUUAUGUUAAUUACACACGGCUUCGAUAUUUCCUUGGAGAAGUGACGGAGACUGACCAAGAAAGUGGUGAGAGCUUCAGUGGGAACAUCUUGGUAAACUCAGAGUAAGAUGGAAAGAAAGGGGGUUAAAGAGGUGAAAAAAGAUAACUAGGUUCCCAUGGUGUGGUAUGUGUGGGGGGUGUUUAAAUCAGUGACGGCGUGGAAACUGGAUUAACUCUUUGUCUCUAUAGAAUAUGAAGAUGACAAGAUUUCACUGCCAUUCCUGGUCACUGAUCUAAAAGGGCGUCAUCUAAAGCCAAUUAAUGAAAAAGCUUCAUUCCAGGUGAAACAAUGUCCUUUAAACUAGUUUUAUCUCUACAAUAUCUCAUUAAUAUCAAUUACGUGAAACCACUGUUCUUGUACUAAAUUCCCCCCCACCAGGGCCAGCACCUGAACGUAGAGCAGUUGACUUUGGAUUUUGAGUAUGUGAUCAACGAGGUGAUCAGACAUGACGCUUCCUGGUCCCGGCAGUUCUGCUCUUUUAGUGAUUAUGAUAUCGUCAUCCUGGAGGUGAGGAAUACAGUCGUAUGGGUUUGCAUUUUAAUAGAUUUUGUGUUAAAUGGAAGUGGACGUUUUAUACUCUUCAAAAUGUGAGCAGGAUGGGUGAAUAGGAUCAGAACAUAAAUCUACUAGUAAAUCUUAAAAAUUAUAGUGAGGGUGAGAGAGAGAAAAAUCCACCGAAGAUUUAGAAUAAAUGUAUGACGUCCAUAGCCAGACAAAUAAAAUGUCUCGAUCAAGCCAGACAAAGCCAGAUCAAGCCAGACAAACACACACACACACACACAGUCAGACACAAACACACACACACACACACACACACACACACACACACACACACACACACACACACACAGUCAGACACAAACACACACACACACACAGUCAGACACAUACAGAGACACAAACACAGUCAGACACAACACACACACACAGUCAGACACAAACACACACAGUCAGACACAGUCAGACACAAACACACACAGUCAGACACAAACACACACAGUCAGACACAAACACACACAGUCAGACACAAACACACACAGUCAGACACAAACACACACAGUCAGACACAGUCAGACACAUACACAAACACACACAGUCAGACACAUACACAAACACACACAGUCAGACACAUACACAAACACAUACAGUCAGACACACACACACACACACAGUCAGACACACACAAACACAGUCAGACACACACACAAACACACACACAGUCAGACACAAACACACACAUUAACUUUUUUUUUUAAAUUUAAAUCUCCCCCCCCCCAACCUCCUUACCUUUGGGAGUGCUGGGGGGGGUCUCUCUCUCCCUGGUGGUCCGGUGGCUGCAGGUCGGGCGGGCAGCGCAGGCGGGCAGCCGGCGAGGGAGCACUUCCCAUGAGCUGACUGCUCAGCUCCCUCGCGCGUCGGCUGCAGAGUGAGGCUGGGAACCGGAAGAUGAUCUUCCGGUUCCCAGCCUCACUCUGCAGCCGAUGCGCGAGGGAGCUGAGCAGUCAGCUCAUGGGAAGUGCUCCCUCGCCGGCCGCCCGCUCGGGAUGUCAGUUAGCCGCAAGGCUAACAAGGCAUCUGCCCUGGGCAUUUGGGGGGCGGUGUUUUUUGCCACCCCCUGAAAAAUGCCGCCCAAGGCAAAUGCCUUGUUUGCCACGCGGCUAAUACGUCCCUGAUUGUACCAUUGCAUUAUUGUAUUGCCUCUGCUUCUGUUAUUGUGCUUAUUUUUUGUCUUUUUCACUAUAGUACUUUUUGUUCAUAAUAAAGUCAGAUUUUUGACUGUUUGAAGUUGUUAUAGUGUGCAUUCUAUAUUAUAUAGAUACAAAUCAAUUCAGUCACUAGCUUUUAUCAUUUAUCUUAAAGGGACACUAUACCAGAACAACUACAACUUUAAUGUAAUUGUUCUGGUGAGUAUAGUAUAUCCCUGCAGGCAUUUUCAUGUAAAUUCAUUAGAAUUGAUUAUCUCAGUCAUUCCAAUGCUUUCCUGUGGGAAAGCAUUAGAUUGGGUGAUAUAGUCGAUUUCGAUGAUCUCAGCCAAGGAGGCGGAUCGGUGUUGUGGGGGCAGAGCCACGCAGUACUGGAAUAAAAUAACUUUUUACUAUAUUUGAAUGAGGUCCGGGGGCCUAAGUAGUGUUUUUAACACGAUACGGUCAGGAAUAUGUGGUAGUGUUCCUAAGCCUAAAGUGUUCCUUAAAUCUCGUGUUCACAUUUGUGGCUUUUGUUUUUUGUUUUUAUAAACCAUUUUUUUUCCCUCUUUGCUUUACUCAGAUGUGUCCUGAGACCAACCAGGUCAUCAUAAAUAUUGGCCUUCUUCUCCUUGCAUUCCCAGGUCCCCAAGAUGAGGGUCAACUGAGGUAUGUUCCAUUAACAGCCUCACUUCCUCUUUGCUUUCCUUCUUUAUAGUCUUACUGUGAACCAAUUGGUCUGUCUGUCUUCUGUCUUAGGCCCAAGACCCAUCACACCAGCCUGAAGGUUGCAUGGGAUCUACAUACAGGGAUCUUCAAUACUCUCAGUGUGGGUGACCUCAUUGAGGUUAAAGGUCAAACAAGGUAAACCUUCAUAUUCUGCUGACUUUUAAAAAAACAAAAAAUCCUAAUUCUGGCUUAUAGUUAAAUUCCACUAUCUCCCUUCCUUCCAGUGGAAGCGUUUGGAGCACGUAUCGAAAGAGCUGUGUUGACACAGUUAUGAAAUGGCUGGUCCCAGAGAGUGGUGUGCGUUAUGUGAAUCGGAUGACCAACGAGGCUCUACAUAAAGGUGAGUAGAAUUUCAAUUACUCAGGUUACUCAGUAAUGGAAUUCUGCAUUGUAAUACAUCAACCCUUAUUUUUCCCACUCUCCCCAGGCUGCUCUCUCAAGGUGUUGGCUGACAGUGUCCGAUACACAUGGAUUGUGCUGUAAUCUGGUGUGUCCAGGUUUUAUUAACGCUACCUCUGUGCAAGUCUUGUGGUGCAUCUCAAAGGGGGGGUGGGGGCGGGGACACAACAGGAGCUUAUCACCUUGCCUUGUUAUACUGCCAUCUAGUGACAUUACUGUGCACAGCAAUGAUGCAAUGGGGACUGUUAGGAGACCAGAUGUAUUUGCAUGAUUUAUGAAGAUUUUGCAUAUCCUGGAGCAGGAUACAUGAGUGGUUAAGAUGUUGACCUGCAACAUUCCUUGCUAACGUGAUCUAUCCCUUUUCAUGCUACGGGGAUAAUUUCACAGCAGAAUACAUUUAUUUUAAUUUUUGUCUUACCAGAACAAAGCAGAGUUCUUAUUUUUUUAAUAGCAUGUGUAGAUAUAUAUGUAUAAAAUUACACCACCCAUUGUCCUAUGUUGUGAAAAUAAAUCACAUUAUUUCUGAUUAUGGUAGUCUUAUUUUAGCACUGUGUCUCUGAACCUCAUCUAGCUCUUGUAUGAGAGGAAUGUGUAGGAAACGCACAGAAUUACAGGCAAAUAGUUGUUUGCUUCAUAAAAAUUCCAGAAAACAUUUUAGUAAGUGCACAAGAGUUACUAAAGUGACGCCUCAUUAACAGCUCUGUGUCCUUUUGUAGCACAAUUAAAGGUGCUGUCUAAGCAACACAGUUUUUUUUCCCUAUGUAUUUUCUAGCCUAUAGACUAGGUGCCUGAGUUCUUCUGCAUGCUUCCUAUUGUAUACUAUUUAUAGAGGGGGACUGUUUUUCAGCAUUGUGCACCUUAAUCGUACAUCAUCUGCUCUUCAUUCUAAAAUAAUAAUGCCCUUCUUAUCCGUUCCUCCUAACCUGCAGUGUUUCUCCAAUAGCACAGGCUUGUGGGAGUUGAACUGCAAAGCUGGGAAUGUAUUUCACAUGGAUUAACUUAAGAUACCAAUAUCUUGUAUUUUGGAUUGCUUCUUUUUAUUCCAGCCUGUUGUGCAACUUUAAAAGUUAUGUUAAUCCAGAUAUAUAUAUAUAUAAAAAAAAAAUAAACACGCACUAUAUGGUCUCUCCAGGCCCUUUCACUGUAUUAGUCUGAAGAAGAAAUAAGGGUGGAGGGGAAUCAAGCUGCUGUAGUAUUUCUGGUGACUAUAGGGUCCCUUUCAGCCCUGAAAACUGCCAUCUAUUUGCUGUCAAGCCCAAUCUGCCUCUCUAUCACAGUAAAUGCUAUCUGUAGUAGUAAUGGUAGUCACCCCGAGCAGGGAUACAUAAUAUCUUUCAGGAUAUUUAUGGUGUGAGCCAUAUGCACAGAAGUAGAGAUCUUCUGAGAUUUUGUUUAGGUGGGCAUUUAAACGUGUAAUUCCCGGGGGCCGUGAUGUGCGCGCCUACACUUGCGGUGAUGCUGUGACCCAAAGAGAGAUUUGAGGAGAUACCUAUGAACCACUGCUUGCUUAAUUUGCACCGACCUUUCCUUCUUCCCCCGGAUAGACGCAGAGGAGAUACAACAGAGACACAUAGACGGAUCCCCUGAAUAAUAGCAGACUAGAUGCGGAGCAAUCCGCAAUAAUAUAC